AUGGCAAAGUUGCUUUUGUUCUUGCUUGCGACAUUUGAAUCCCUCAACAACUUAUGUUCUGCAACUAACAGAUCACAACUUUUCAAAGAUAUUUUAGACAGUCAUGAAGUUCGUGUGGCACCUUUUGAUACGGUCAACGACAGGAUUGUUUUAUCAAUAACUAUAAAUCUUAUGUCAAUUCGUAAAGUGAACGAGAAGGAGCAGACAUUUUCAGCCUCUUUUUGGAUUUCAAUGUCAUGGGGAGAUUACCGUUUUAUGUGGGAUUCAACUUCUUACAAAGGAAUUACCGAACUGCAAACAACCUCAAAGUAUGUGUGGAUACCAAGCUCAAUUUGUAUCUUCAAUGACGUCACGGAUAAGAAAUGUUUAACAGAGGAGAAACCCAUUACAAUACAUAACACCGGAUACCUUGUUUAUACAACAUCAAGAGAAAGCAUUACACAAUGUAAAAUAGAUAUUAAAAAAUACCCUUUUGACUCACAAGUCUGCUCACUGUACUUUGGAAAUUUUUUCACCAGUUCCGAAUUCAUAGAUCUAGGAACGAAAUACUCCUCAUAUAGCUUGACCUACUAUGAACAAAACGAAGAAUGGAACGUAGAUGACUUCGGCGUAACAUCAAUGAAUAAUCAGCUGGCAUUCAGUUUGAGUCUCAAGCGGAAACCGGAAUUCAUUGUUUUGACCGUCCUUCUUCCAGUAAUUAUUCUCUCCGUUCUAAAUAUUUUUGCAUUUGUGUUGCCAAUAGAUUCUGGUGAAAAAAUGGGUACUUCGAUGGCCAUUUUCUUAUCUUUCGCUGUGUUCUUAAGUACAAUUAACGAUACAAUGCCAAAGUCGGAUGAGAUCCCUCCGUUUACAGUCUAUCUGACCAUACAGCUGGUCGUCAGUGGACUCACUGUGGUAUUAGAGGCUGUAGUGUUACACGUUCAUUUUAGUUCCUGUGAAAAUGAAAACAAAUCUGAUAACAAAAUUGUACCCGCGGAUUUAUUAGAUAUGAAGGAUACUGAUCAUAAAAUAGUUCCUGCGGAUUUGGAUGUUAAGGACACAUUGUCUCAAAAGGAUAAAAGUAUAAAGAAUUUAAUUAAUUUUGUAAAAACAAAAAUAACAGCCAAAUGUUUGGACCGAAUAUUCAUGAUACUUGUAAUUUUGGUGGAUGUUAUUUCACUAAUAGUGUUCAUUUCACAAACACAAUAA